CAUUGACACACUGACAGUUGUUGUCAUUAUUUCUGUUAUUAUUGUUUGUAUUUUCGAAAUUUAAGCUUGUUUGUGGCGCAUUUUGAACAAAACAGUCAAAAUGUCGUAUAUGUUGGCUCAUUUACACAACGGCUGGCAAGUGGACCAAGCCAUAUUGUCUGAAGAGGACCGAGUCGUGGUGAUUCGUUUUGGACACGACUGGGACCCCUCUUGUAUGAAAAUGGACGAAGUUAUGUAUAGUAUCGCCGAAAAAGUGAAAAACUUUGCUGUUAUUUAUCUUGUGGAUAUUACGGAAGUUCCAGAUUUUAAUAAAAUGUAUGAAUUGUACGAUCCUUGUACUGUAAUGUUCUUCUUCAGAAAUAAACACAUCAUGAUUGAUUUAGGUACUGGUAAUAAUAAUAAAAUAAACUGGCCUUUGGAGGAUAAACAAGAAAUGAUUGAUAUUAUUGAAACUGUGUAUAGGGGAGCUAGGAAAGGACGUGGUUUGGUUGUAUCUCCUAAAGAUUAUUCAACCAAGUAUAGGUACUAAUUUUGUGUAAUUAAAGAAGUGGUUUUAAGUGUAAAUUAUUUUAUUUAUGUAACUUGAUUAAUAAAAACAGAAAA